AUGCAAACCUGCAUGAAAGAUCAUCAAGCCAACUCUCUCAAGUUCCCCAUUCGCUCGAAUUUCCGACCCAAAAUGGAAAUUUUCCUGACUCAGCACCGCCUAAGCCAGCCCGAGACGAAGAUGUUCGAUGUGAUAGAAGACCUCGUUGUUCAAAUUGCACCGAUGCAGGAGCCGACUGUCGACGUGAUCGCCCUGAGCGGCCGGCUCGAUCUCAGAAAUCGACUGUGCGAGAGACUUUUGAGGCUGGAAAAAGCAGUCUCGGCACCUUACACAUGUCUACUCCAAGAAAGAAAGCUGGAUCAUGUGGUUCCUGCGAAGGAAGCUUCCAAGUCUCCCCUCAGCAGUUGCCCCGUGGUUACCCCGGACGAGUCUACUCACCAUGCGGAACAAGCCCGGGUAAUCAUUCAGAGUGAACUCGACGGUAAUGAACGUAUGAAUCGUGAGCGUCAAGCAAUUCUAAAGUCUGCCCUGGAAUUUGUGAAUUCUAUGGCGCGUGGUGCGAACUCGGGGCCUGAUGAGGCUCCGACCUUCGAUGUACCGCAUGGCGAAUGCGCAGAUAUUCCCGAAUCUAUUGAGCCAAGCCCAGAGCUGCUGUACAUGCUUUUAAGAGGUAAUUGUAUCUCUCCUAUUGUGAGGACCUUUACUCACAGAAAGGCAGAGUCCACCACCACAGGCGAAAUGCCGCACAACAUUCACUGGCCCGACCAUAUCUCCAACAAAGCUUUACGGAAAAUGGUGUCCAGCUUCCUCGGUGGUAAACUCACGGGCCAGAAAUUUUAUCAGUAUUGCAUCUGCAUCUAUGUGAGACCCAUUUUUAACACCUACGACAUGCCCAGGCUCUACAACGAUUCGGUCAUGAACGAACAAUUUCUCAAGUCGAAGAGAUCAUACGCCGCCUCUGCGCUUCGUGCUAUCCAAAGUCUUAAUUUUUUGAAUAUUCCGAGCUUGUCUUUUGUUCAAUCAUUGAUCUCCGCGACAUUUUUAAUGCAAUAUCUCGGAAACAUGAGCCAAGCUUGGGUGUUGAACUCCUACGCCGCUCGCUUAAUUGCCGGUUUGAAUUACCAUGAUACCAAGACCAGAAACUGCGAUCAAGACCUCGAAGAGGAGAUCAACAAUUCUGUCUACUGGUGUUUUUACCUUGAUCGCACUCUAAGCUCCCUUCUUCGCCGGCCACCGUCAUUACCCGAACUUCAAGGUUCGGCGAGCGACCUUAUCUGUUGGAAUAAUUCUCUUCCUCACAUGCCACUAAUACGUAUUCUUGUGGACCUGGCCGAAAUCCAAGGAGACCUUUCGAGCAGUUGCAAGGCGCCCGACAACCGGCAAAUUCUGGAUAAUCACUCCAAGUUGCAAGAAAGGAUGAACGCCAUCUAUUCAACGUUACAGUCUAGCCGGAACUCUGCACCCGAGCUAUUCAGUUGUGAUUGGGUUGCAACCGAGUUCUCCUAUUAUGCUAUCCUAGUGGACAUUCUUCGAUCGAGAUUGAAAUACGCAUUCUCUCCUUUGACACAUAGAGAAUGUGUCUCAUAUUCUAGGAAAGCCUUGAAAGCACUGCAGUAUCUGCAGAAACAUCUCACCAAAAACCCAGGUUUCAUUGAUCCGUAUCCCACGUUUCUCACUUGUCCAUUUUUUGUCCUCUUCUGCAACAUCAUCGGUGAAUUAGACAUGGAUGACUACCGCCUCAUUCAAGACAUCACCCAAAACUUAUCCCAAUCCACCAGCAGUCCUUACAUUGUGAGAUUGCUCAAUCUCUUGGGUACCCUCCAAAACCUUUGCGAGCCAUUAAUUCAGACCAAGAUGCAUCUUGGCCCCCAAGCCAAGGUCGCCCCUUGGUAUCCAGCUACAAGUGACGAGCAGCAAGCGACUAUGGCUGUUUCUGAAGAGUCUCUUGCUCUGGCAGCCUCGUAUGCUGGCUCUGAAUUUCAAUCAUACUCUCAAAAUGAGCAGCCGAAUGCUACUGCGGGAGUACAGCCUCUUGCUGAUGAGUUGAUGUGGCACUUGUUCAAUAGUCAGCCUUCGCUGCAAUGGUGUGAGUCAGAUGUUAUCACUCUAGAUCCACCUGUAAAUUAUUGA